GCAUUAAAUGAAUUAAAAAAAAUACUUCAAAGUGUUUUUUCUUCAUAAAAAUAGGAAACACCAUACACAGAUAUAACAAACACAUACUAUGUAACACACUAGAUUGGGACAGUAAUAAAUAUUACAAGAUCUGUUGCCUUAAAUUAUGCUCUUAUUUAUGAACCGGUGUUAUUAGGGAGCAAUAUUAGUCUUUUAUAUAUUGCUUGUUUCCUGUUGCAUGAUAAAUUAUUAUUUUUGUUUGUUUUUCCUGACAUAUAUAAACCAAAUGAAACUCCAUUAAUCACAAAUUAAAUGUUUCCAGGUUCUUUAUAAAUGAGGCUAUUUUGAAGGUAUUAUUUGUAACAGUUGUAGAUUUUAAAAGCAAAAUAUAAUAUGUUCUGGUAUUACAGUAUAGUAAAAUUCUGCUAAUAUUAAUCUCAAAUUCCUUCCUCUUCCUGGUCAUUUGGAUUUCCUCUGGUUCAGAUUCCAAAAGAGUGAUGCAUUUUAUAACCCUUGUUGUAUGUGCAUUUUCCGUUAUUUAUUCUGCAUUUUCUGUCACAAGAAGUGACCUGGUAGAAACUACCCUGCUACCUUUAAGAUACUUGCUGGACCUUUUAGAGAACCGAAGUCCAAGGCUGAGGUGAACUUCAGGUCAUCGCGUCUAACAAAUAAGAGUAAGUCGCCUGGUGAACUGCAAGACUCCUUAUUUAACAAAGACUGUCAAUGAAGAAGAUUAAUAUGAAACAAAAUGCACACAGUGUCACUUCUCGGUCACUUUGAACUGAGCUUUGAGCUAAAAUUUACAACAAAACAGUUUCUAAUAUAUUAGAAAUUGUUACACACAUCUAGUAACUUUUUUAAAAAAAAAUGUUUAAAUAGAUUUUUGUGGAGGAGUACAAUAAUGUCAUAAAAUAAUAUUACAACCAAUGAUACAUCCUUUUGAUAUAUGCUGCUCCACAUAUAUUACAAUUUUUUAUUUUUUUUUAAACUUACUCCUUAUACCGUUUAAGGAUGAAAUAUUAAUGUGCAUGAACAGAUACACUAUAUUGUUUAGAAAUAUGUUUCUUAAUACCACUUGCAUUCAUAGCACCUCUUUAAAAAAUCAAGACAUUAAGAACUUAGAAUUUUGAUUUAAGCGUUUGCUGCUAACAGAUAUCACAAUAAAUCUUAGAGCAAAAUGUUUAAAUGUUGCUCUGUAAGAUAACACUUGGUGGUCUUGGCUUGGUUCUAUUUCAUGAUAACAAAGCCACCCAGACAUUUAACAGGCCUUUUUUUAAAUUUACAUAGACACAUACUUACAAAGUAGCAACAUCCACAUGAAAGCCAAACUAUACGGGAUAGGUGUUUUCUAAAUGUACUUAGAAAUGAAAAUAAAAAAUAUGAUGUACAGUAAGUAGUAUGGAUGCGAAAACAAGAGAACACGUGUAGAGUUUAUUUGCAAUUUUUAUUCAGAUUCGAAACAUAUGUUUAUAAAUUAAAACAAAUAAUAUUACUUUAAACACAUAAUUAUAUUUGUACUGUGAUAAUAUCUAUAUGUGGUCAAGUUUGUUGCAGGUCUUCCCACACUCAUUACACACAUGGCUGUUUUUAUUACAAUUUAUUACGUACAAAUAAUCCACUUUCUAACCACAGUAACCCCAAACACUCACACACGUAUGUUCCUCUUGUCAGCUUUAAUAGAACUGCAUAUAAAUCCCAUUGUGAGCAAAAUUUCCAACCUGUUUUUCGAUUUUUAAUCAGAUUCCAGUUAUUACAAAAUAAUAUAUAUAUAUAUACACAUAAUAUGUUGAACAACAUGUGUGACUGGAUAACUAUUAUUUUUGUAUACACUUACAUCUCCAAUUUGAGACUUGUUUGUAUUUUAUUUUGUUCAAAUUAUUUACUACAUUUAUAUUGUAAAUAUUAUAGGAAUAAUUCUUUUAUGUAUUUAUAUCUAUAACAACAGCCAUUAAAACUUUCCCAUUCAGCAUUACUACGUGCGAAAAUUAAAUGAAUAUUAUCAUGUAUUAUACGAGCACCACUCAGUUAUACCAAAGAAGAAUCUACAUUGGGUCUUGUAUGCAGGAGUGCUAAUUUAUGGACUGUUAUCAUGUAUUAUGAAGACUGCUGAGCCAUAAACCUUUUUUUUUUAGUAGAAUGAACCGUUCACUUAUUUUCUCUAUUAUACAUGUAGCAAAUUAAAGCUGUAGCUGUAAAAUAUAUCUUUACAAUACUUUAGUAUAAGUGUGUACACAUUUUUUUUUCCUAUCUAUAAAUAUUUCAAGCGUUCAAACUAUUUGGAAUGUAAAAAAUAUACCGUCUGUACAUAAUGUUAUACAAUAUUAAAUGUUAUUGUUAAAAAAUGUCAUAUAGUUUGAACUGAGUGCACAUUUAAAGCUUUAUCUACUAAGAUAAUACAAAAUAUCGUUUAUGUCUGAUAAGUAGUCAGAGAUUUCCAUCCCUUUACAUGUGUAGGGUGGUAAUAAUCAUAUUUUUGCACGAUUACUUUUUUCCCUUUGGUUUCCAGUACUGCAGCAUAUGGACUGUCUCAAGCAGAACACAAGCCUCCCCCAAAUAAAGUCAGAUAACUAAAUACUGGAUUCUGGAAUCUAUUAGAAGGUCAACCAAGGCUCACUUGCUAGACUGAAUAUGGAGGUACACAAUUGGGUUUCUAAAUAGUUCACAUAUCUACUUGUGCUUCUAGGACUAAUAUCUACACACUGAAAAUCUAUUUAUGUUUGCUUUAUUCAGUUGCUAUAUUCUAACUAUUGCUUUGCUACCUCUAGUAUAUAAUGACAGUUUCUGAACAUUUUACAUGAAAAGUUCCUAUGAUAUUUUAAAAUAAGUCAACUCUUUAAAAUCACAUAUCACAAACGCAUGUUGAUCUUUGGUUGCAUGUUUGUUAAUUCCCACCCAUAAAAAUGGAAUAACCCUCUAAAAAACAACAGAAAACCCCCCCAAAAAACAAAGUGAUAGUGCUUUCUGUAACACGUUUCGUACGUGCAAAAUAACAUAUUUUGGACAGAGCCAAAUGAUUGCUAAAGAGUAUUUUCUUCUCCAAUAUAACUUAUGCAAAUAAUGAUUAUUUACAUAUUAUAAGUAGAUGUUUAGCUUCAGUGCAUACAGGUUUGGACUUGGUUGUUAAACGAUGUGUGAACCUAUGAUAUAUUUUUGUACAUUGCAUAUUUAUACUGCAGUAUUACAAUGCUGUUUGGCUUAACUCUUUCUUAUGUGAUGUGUGAAGCAUUAAGCUGUAUUCUAGUAUUGCAGAUUCCCUGUACGAGUUCCUGCAUUUGUUUGAGAUUCCCAGUUUACAACAAACACCAUGCAGUGUGUACUGGCACCGACUAUCUCUGAUGCUGGAUACAUUGUCCUCUUUACCUCUUGCAGCGAGUUUAUACUGAUGAUCCCAAUGCUCCAGUUAAGUAUAUAAGGCUUGGCUGGUAAAACAUUUAUCAUCUCUGUGUUUCCUUAUCCGGAGUCCAUGGGAGCGCAGCUAUUGGCCCGUGAGGUCACAUGUUCUGUUAACUUUGCACACUUGACAGGGAGUAGGAGGGUUUUGUGCAGAACAGAAAAACGACAACGCGAGAAAAAUUAGUAUUUUUUGUUGCACUUGCACAAAUUAAUGGCCAUGAGUUCGUUUUUGAUAAACUCCAACUACAUUGAGCCUAAAUUUCCGCCCUGUGAGGAGUAUGCCCAAAAUAGCUACUUGCACAGCCAGUCUCCUGAAUUCUACGAGCGGCCGAGGGAGCCUGGGUUCGAGGCACCUCCCGAAGCUCUAUACCAAGGUGCAGGCAGCUACCCUGAAGCCACCUAUGGAUAUAGUCACCUACCAUCGAGCAAUGAGGCUGGGGUCAUCCAGGAUGGGAUGUCCCCUAAAGGGCACAGCCAACCACAACAACUUCUCCAAAGCCACGUCCUCAGGCAGCCUCCUCAGCACUGUGAAUCCCUGUCCAAUGACACCAUCCACCCUGAGAAAAAUAACACUGCUGGGCUCAAAGGCAAAGAACCAGUAGUAUAUCCAUGGAUGAAGAAAAUCCACGUCAACACAGUUAAUCCAAAUUACACUGGAGGAGAACCCAAAAGGUCUCGAACUGCCUACACCAGACAACAAGUAUUAGAGCUCGAAAAGGAGUUCCACUUUAACCGUUACCUUACCAGGCGUAGAAGAAUUGAAAUAGCCCACACUCUAUGUCUAUCUGAACGUCAGGUCAAGAUCUGGUUUCAGAACAGAAGGAUGAAGUGGAAGAAAGACCACAAACUGCCCAACACAAAGAUGCGUUCUGCAAACCCAUCAACAUCCUCUCAUCAGUCCAAAAUACUUGGUCAUCAGCAUACAGAUGGCUCAACAGCUCAAUUAUUAUAAUGGUUAAUUGUAUCAUUUCCACUGCUGGUUAUCAUUUGGACCAAAUGACUAUGGAAAGAAAAUCUUUAAUAGUAUUGGAUGAGCAGUUAUAAUACUGGACAACAAUUCACAAUGUUAAGAAAUUUAAAUGGAGACGUUUUGUGUACUAUUUAUGUCUUUGGCUGUUUCCACAUAAAAUGUUUAAGAGAUAUAUGUGUGUGGAAUGUUACGAAUAGCUGAGUGUAUACUUAGUAUAGCAACUAUUUUGUAUAAAAAAAUGCAUAAAUCACAAAGACGUUUACGAGAUAGUAUGUGACAAAUCUAUGGAUCAUGUAUUGUAUUAUACAGUUGCAGACAGGGAUAUUUAAGAAAACAUUUUUUGUAAUGAUUUAUUUAAUGUUCUAUUAAUUAAUUCACCCUGAAAUAUUAAAGAAUGGGUUGUGUAAAUAUUAGUCAAGAUGCAAAAAAUUAUGUAGAUUCAAAGAAAAGUUUUCUGAACAGAUAGAUUUUAGGACCAAAGUGUAUGUGACUCUUGUUAGCCUUGAGGUAUAAGGCCCUGUCUGUCUUGAGGACAAUGACUUGGUUAAGAUUCAUUAUGCAUAACUUUUGUGGAUCUUGUGAUGUAUAUUGUGGAGCUAAAAGCUGCAAAUAACGGAAAUAUUCUGUGGACAUUAAAGGCAUCAAACCCCAUUUUAAUAAUUGUUUGAUUUCAUCAUCAUAAAAGCAUAUAUGUGAAUGUAAAUAAUGUAUCAUGGACCACAGCAUUGUUUAUAUAUAAUUAUAAAAUAAAUCUUUUUUUCGUUGUAAAAAAAAAA